UUCUGCUGCUGCUGAUCUUCCGUAUUCAACUUGAACAUCCAGGGUGAACUUGGACUCUUUUUGCGUCCGUCCUUCAGAGACACUGGCAGGACAGCUAGAGAUCCGCGGUCUUCAAUUACUCCAGCUACACAUCAGCACCCCUUCCGAAACUGACAGCCGCCGUAGGUAUGGCCGAGGAACAACAAACAACGGUAGCCCAGUUCAGCCCACGCUUCCGUACCGACAUCUACCCCUUCAUCUACCCUUCCAAAUACAGGGGUACGUUGCAAGACAAGGUGGCCAUCAUCACAGGUGCCGCCGGAGCGCUGGGCCAGGCGCUGGCAGAAUCGUUUGCCGUGGCCGGCGUCAAGUUGGUGUUGACGUACAACAAGACGGCGCCGCCGCCUGAGCUGAGGGAAAGGUGUGUCCGGUUCGGGGCUGCGGCGGUUGAGUUUGUACAGUGCAAUGUUGCCGAGCUAGAGGGGUGUAAGGAGCUUGUGCGGCGGGCACUCAACCUCCAUGGCAGAGUCGAUAUUCUCGUUAACAACGCCGGCGCCAACCGGUUGGGGCCGAUCUACGUACAAGAUCCGCGCGACUUCGCCCAUGACAUCGCCGUCAACCUAAACGGACCCUACUAUCUCAUGCGGCUGCUCCUGCCCGGGUUCCGCGCACAACGCAGCGGGUGCGUGCUCAACAUUGCCUCGCGCGCGGGCACCGUCGCCACCCCCUACAGCACGAGCUACUGCGCGAGCAAGGCGGCGCUGAUCAACCUGACGGCGUGCACGCAAAAGGAGAUGGACAUCGAAGGGUUGGACGACGUGCACUUGUAUUCGCUGCAUCCAGGGGGAAUCAAGAGCGCCAUGACGCUGACGAAGUAUGCCAAGAAGUCCAUCUCCAGCCUCCCGGCGUCGGCCCAGCCCGCCUUCCUUAACACGCUCGACGUGUACAACGACUCGCCGUAUCUCAACGGCAUGGUGUGCGUGGCGCUGGCGACAGGCGUCGGCAAGCGCGCGCUGAGGGGAAAGUACUUUGACGUCGGACAGGAUCUGGAAGACGUGCUUGCGCAGGAGGAGGCGCUCAAGGCGAAUCCGGACCUUCACGCGCUGCAUACCAGCUUCCUGGGCGAGUUGACCAAUGCCGGGAUCCCGCCUGGUGGGUAUCAUGCUGAGGAAGUAAAGUUUGAGUUUCCGGGUUUCUGA